AUGCUGAUACAUACGCUUGUCACGUUGUGCUUCUUGUGUAAACCCUGUUUCCAGCAGACCCACUGGCGCUUUGAGCCUCCUCCAAUUGCUUCGGCUGGAAACUGCCGUCCAUGUGGAAAGAUUAUAAACACCGUCGAGCAGAUCCAUGCUUAUUUCGGCCAUUUUAUGCGGUGGAAACACAUCGUGUCACAUUUCCUGGCGUUUGACUGGACGGUACAGAAGGUGCAAACAUCUAUGGUCUUUUCUCGAUUCGACCGGCUAUUUGGAGACUACCGUCCCAUCAAGGCGAGACUCAUAGUCCCGGAUCUUAUGACAACCUUUCUGGCGGAUGGUGCCUUAGGAGCGGAGCAACCACUCCGCGCAAUCGACAAGUAUCUCGAUGCUGUUAGGGCGCAGGAGAAGCCUCGCGACUUGAGAAAGCGCGGAAGAACCCUUAGCACUGACGAGCAACGUCUUGUUGAGUGUUAUGAUAUGCUCGAAGACUUGGUUCUUGUGGCAGAACACAAAUGCAUCUUUACGACCGACCAUUUCCAAAUCGGGAAUGGCAGCGGAUGUACGUAUGCUCGGUGA